AUGCCCCCCAAAAAGGCAGAAGCCCCCAAACAGCCUCCUUUAAUCGGACGAUUCGGGACCUCGCUGAAGAUUGGAAUUGUUGGUCUACCUAAUGUCGGGUAUGUGCAGUGUCCAAAGUGUUACCACGUAGAAAGGAUCUGCCUCUGACCUGCAGCUGAUGCUUUUAUUUUUCUGUCCAUUGCAGGAAGUCCACUUUUUUCAACGUGCUGACCAAAAGUCAAGCAGCUGCUGAGAACUUCCCCUUCUGCACCAUCGACCCAAAUGAGAGCAGGGUCCCAGUCCCUGAUGAGCGCUAUGAUUUCCUCUGCCAAUACCACAAACCAGCCAGGUGUGCAUCCUGAAAGGCUGUAGGCGAUCCGUCCAACACCAGCGGAUUCCUGACAACUUCUUUGUCUUGUUUUGUGUCUUCUAGUAAAGUUCCUGCAUUCCUGAAUGUUGUGGACAUCGCCGGUCUGGUGAAGGGAGCACACUCAGGACAGGGUCUUGGAAACGCCUUUCUCUCUCACAUCAGCGCUUGUGACGGCAUCUUCCACAUGACCCGUGAGUUGUCAAUACUACUGCAGCUGCUGAGGAAUAACGACUGAGCGAGGAGAGGUGACAGGUGUUGGGAGGGCAUGUUAGCAGUGAUUACUAAACUGGUGAAAUCUGAGCAGGCUUGUGGUCGAGACAGGAUUACAUGGCUCCUAAGUAAGUAGGCCUAUACUGGUUACUUCAUGGCAUCAAACUAUAAAGUAUGAAAAACAGAGAAUCAAUUUAGCCUGAAUGGUAUCAGUAGCAAGACAAAGGUUUGCGCUUGCACCCCUGAGAAAGAAUAAAUGAAUUCAGUUCAUGGAGUCAAAACUUUAAAGGUAUACAUAGGGCUGGGCGAUAAAACGAUAACGAUAUAUUUCAAAAAUUAAUUUCCUUCGAUAUCGAUAGAAACCUGGUCAGUAUCCUUUUCGAUAGUCAGCAUUCUGCCAUGUUUUGGUAGAUUAUACGAAUAGCCAAUGAAAAGGGGAGUUGCUCCGGGUCCGCUUUGCGCUGAACUAAUCAUGAGCCGAAUAAGAACCAAGUAGUAAGGCUGUAAGAUAUCGGAAAAAACUAACAUUGAGAUUUUUUUUGACCCAGCGAUAUUGCGAUAUUAAAAAAUACAGGAAUUUUCACCAGAUGUCCUGAAUAGCACUUUAUGCUGAAAUCUUUUAGACAGUUAACCUGCAACGAUCUUACCUUUUUUUUUGUAGAAUGGCUUCUGUCUGUCUCAGAGAUAUUUUUAGCUUGUUAUUAUUGUGCUGGGACGUCAUUGUGGCAACAGAUGAACACAGAGCACGUGUUUUGGUCGACAUCAUUCUUCUUGUAACCGAAAAAAAGUUCCAGAUAACUGACUUUACAUUUCUUUUUGGCAACAAGUCUUAAUUUUCGGUGGUUUUCUCUUGUUCGUUGCUCAUUUUGCAAUCGUUGUUGUGCCGAGAAACGUAUGUCCUACUAAACCUGCCAUUUAAAUGCAGGCUCCAAGUUAUCAACAUGUGUCAAUCUUUUUCACCAGUUGAUCACAAUUGUCAAUGUUUGUGUUUUCUAGGUGCAUUUGAUGAUGAGGAUAUAAUCCACGUGGAGGGAAAUGUUGACCCUGUGAGGGACAUCGAGAUCAUACAUGAGGAACUGCGACUAAAAGAUGAAGAGAUGAUGGGUCCAAUCAUUGACAAACUGGAGAAAACUGCCGUCAGAGGAGGUGACAAGAAACUCAAACCUGAAUACGUAAGUGAAGGGUGUUCGCACAGAUGCCAUUUAACCGUUUCCCUGUUUUAAAUUUGUGUCACGGGAAAAGGAAUAUGAGAGAUUGUAAUAACUGAUCAGUUCGUGUAUGAGACAUAAACUACUGCUUUUGGUUUCAGGAUAUCAUGUUGAAGGUAAAGAACUGGAUAGUGGAGGAGAAGAAACACAUCAGAUUUUACCAUGACUGGAACGACAAAGAGGUAAUGACGUGUACUUGUGUGGGCUUCCAGUCAAGUUGAUUAAAAAUGAAUUAGCAUUACAGAAGAUUGUUCAUUUCGUCCCUUUAUUGUAUCCUUGCUUGCGUUAUUACAUACUAUAAAGAAAUGUCACUUAUGACUUUUCAACUUUCCUGCGUGUUUUGUGCUUUUUGUCUUUUUUGUUUCAAACUCACGCUACAUUAAAGCGAUCUAUGUUAUAUUGUGCAUUUUCCCCACAGAUUGAGGUGUUGAACAAAUACCUGUUUCUGACGUCCAAGCCCAUGAUCUACCUGGUGAACCUCUCAGAGAAGGAUUACAUCAGAAAGAAGAAUAAGUGGUUGGUUUGCAUCACCUUUCAGUAUGUAUAUUUAGCGUAAAAAAUAAAACCGUCUCACUCUACUUCUUUUUGUUCUUAGGUUGGCAAAAAUCAAAGAGUGGGUAGAUGCUCAUGACCCAGGCGCUUUGGUUAUCCCUGUGAGUGGAGCUAUUGAGUCGAAACUGCUGGACAUGGAGGAUGAGGAGGAGCGGAACAAGUACUGUGAAGAACAGAAGACACAGAGGUGACACAUGAAAACCAAGUCUCUGUUUUUGUGUGUGUUUGUUUGUGUCUUAUUUUGUCACUGUUUAAUCAUGGCUGCUCCGUGUUUAUAGCGCCCUGACCAAAAUUAUAAAGACGGGCUACUCAGCUCUGCAGCUGGAGUACUUCUUCACCGCCGGAGUAGACGAGGUGCGAGCGUGGACCAUCAGGGUGAGUGCAGUGACCUAAAGAAUUCUUCCUGUAAAGUUUUCAACUUACUGAUUUUAUGUUAAGAAGGGCCCGACCGAUAUUGACCGACCGAAAAUCGGCGAGUUUUGGCCGAUUACCGAUUAGUCUCAAACGGGCUAAAAUUGCCCCUAAUGUUAAGAGUGACUCUUUGGGCCUGACAUUUGCCCUUAAGUGCUUUUUCUUCACUCUCACAAUUCAGUAGAUCUGAGAUAUGGGUUGUAAUUCAAUAGCGUUGGAUUGGGUUCUUAAUUUUUGUCUGUAAUUUGUACUCAGGCUACAAAAAAAACUGAUUUUAUUUGCCAACUGUCAUUAUCUAUAUCUUCUCCUUUUUAUUCAUUUAUAUGAAAUAUUCUAAGCUGUGUGGCUGUGCGUAUUUACUCUUUUAUUGAUCAACUCUUAAGGCAAGUGACGCUGUUCAAUAACCCUCCUUGUCAUCGAACAAAACAAUCAGUCAUGCGGCAGCCAGCAAUCAUAUUCUCAACCUUUUUCUCUUUUCUCCAACAGAAAGGGAGCAAGGCCCCGCAGGCUGCAGGAAAGAUCCACACUGACUUUGAGAAAGGCUUCAUCAUGGCCGAGGUGAUGAAGUACAAUGACUUCAAAGAGGAGGGCAGUGAAAAUGCAGUCAAGGUAUGUUUGAAAACAGCUUCAGUGUUUGUUUGAAGUGUUACAGCAGUGGAUUUCUGCCAUUGAUAUGCUCUCUCUUACAUGUCCUCUCACAGGCUGCUGGGAAAUACAGGCAACAGGGCAGGAACUACAUCGUGGAGGACGGGGACAUUAUAUUUUUCAAAUUCAACACACCCAAUGCACCUAAAAAGAAACCUUAA